AUGCCGAGUUCGGAUGACGACGUUCCCCUCGCUGCUCGCAAGAACAGAAAAGCGGCAACAAGGAAACAACCUUCGCGAGUCACUCCGAAAAAAGCAGCGACUAAAAACAAUAAAACUCAGACUAAAAGAAAGCGCGUAGAUUCGGACUCCGAGUUCGAGAUUAAAUCUUCGUCGGCCAAAGCAAACAGUAGCAAAACAAACGGUACAUCGAAGAAAGCCGGACCACUGCAGAAGAAAAAUAAGAAACGGAACAAUGAAAGCGAUGAUGACUUUGUUCCUAAUGGUAUAAAAGUCGAGAAAGACAUCGACGGCGAUGUUAUAAUGAAAGAUGUUAAGGUUAAGGGGAUCGAAAAAGAAGAAUCUGAAGAUGAUAUUCCUCUUGCUAAGCUAACAAUUUACAAGAAGAGAAAUUCAAAGGCAAGCUAUACGUAUUUAUGUAUAUCACCGAUAAUAAAAUGGUGGGAGCAGGAGAAUGCUGAGAAUGAUGGAUCAGCCAAAUGGCAGACUUUAGGACAUAACGGAGUGUACUUCCCGCCUGAGUAUCAACCUCAUGGAGUUAAAAUGAAAUAUAAAAAUAAGGAGAUAUACCUGACACCAGAAGCAGAAGAAGUUGCGACGUUCUAUGCCGCUAUGCUCGACACCGACUAUGUUAAAAAGGAAAAAUUUAGGGCAAAUUUCUUCCGAGACUGGUUGGCAGUCUUAAAAAAUUCAAAAGAGAACCCAAAGAUCGAAAGCUUGGAAAAAUGUGACUUCACUCCCAUAUAUGAAUAUCUUCAGAGAGAAAAGGAACGCAAAAAAUCCAUGUCUAAAGAGGAAAAGCAAUUACUCAAGCAAGAGAAAUUGGCGCUUGAAGAGAAAUAUGGUUAUUGUAAACUUGAUGGUCGUACAGAAAAAGUGGGGAACUUUAGAAUCGAACCUCCAAAUCUAUUCAGAGGUCGGGGGGACCACCCAAAGAGCGGGAGUCUAAAGAAAAGAGUUUUGCCUGAAGAGGUUACUAUUAAUAUCGGUAAAAACUCACGGAUUCCUCCACCGCCUCCUGGACAUGCAUGGGGUAAUGUUGUCCAUGACAAUACUGUUACUUGGCUAGCUACUUGGAAAGAAAACGUCAAUGAAUCUGUGAAAUACGUAUUUUUGGCUGCCACUAGUUCGCUUAAAGGUCAAAGUGACUUGAAGAAGUUUGAGAAGGCGCGUGAGCUCAAGAAAUAUGUCAGUAAAAUACGAUCAGACUAUAAGCGUGAUCUCAAAGACAAAUAUAUGGCUAUUCGCCAACGUGCUACUGCUAUGUAUCUCAUCGAUCGGUUUGCUCUUAGAGCAGGAAAUGAGAAGAACGAUGCAAAGGAAGCAGAUACUGUUGGUUGUUGUUCUUUACGCUGCGAACAUGUGACUCUUGAACCACCGAAGGCAGUUAUCUUCGACUUUUUGGGUAAAGACUCUAUUAGAUAUUAUAACAAAGUCGAAGUUGAAGAUCAAGUUUUUAAGAAUCUUCGAUUAUUUACUCGAUCGCCAAAGGAGCCAAAACAUCCCCUGUUCGAUCGAUUGAAUACUUCGCUCUUGAACAAGCAUCUUCAGACAUAUAUGGAUGGGCUUACAGCCAAAGUCUUCCGUACAUACAAUGCUUCCUAUGUGUUCCAGAAGGAGUUGGAUGCAAACACACCGAUUGAUGGAUCCAUUCAUGACAAGAUUUUGGCAUACAAUCGAGCUAAUCGGCAGGUGGCUGUUCUUUGUAACCAUCAGCGAAGUGUCAGUAAAGCACACGAGAAUCAAAUGGGUAGAAUAAAAGAUAAAAUACGGGCUUUGAAAUACCAGAAGAUGAAGUUGAAGAAAACUAUCCUAACAAUAGAUCCCAAACAGAAGAAGAAACGUCCUGAUUUAUUACAAGAUGAAUCAGAUUUAGAGGAAGAUUGGAUAAUUGAAUACGAGAAACAAUUAAUCGAGAAAGAGCGAGAGAAAGUACGAACUAAAUUUGAAAAAGAUAACGAGAAACUCAUCGCUGAUGGCAAGAAACCGCGAUCAGAUAAAGAACUCGAUUCACUUCUUAAAGAAGUUGGCGAGAAGGCCAAGCAGCUUUCAAAAGAGCGAAAGACUGGCAAGGUGGAACCAAAACGAGGACAAACCCUCGAAAAGUUGGAAGCAAACAUUGUAAAAUUAGAUGAGAGGAUCAAUGCAGCAAAGAUUGCGAUGGUUGAUAAGGAUGAGAACAAGGAGACAGCGUUGAGCACAUCAAAGAUUAAUUAUAUUGAUCCUCGUAUUUCGGCUGCAUGGUGCUACAAACACAAAGUGCCAAUUGAUAAAAUCUUUAACAAGAGUUUAAGAGAGAAGUUUAAGUGGGCGAUGGAUAUUAGUCCGGAUUGGGAGUUCUAA